CUGACUCAAGUCCUGAUCCGAGUUGAAUGGCAAUCGUAUUCUUCACAGUCAUUUUUCAGAUAUCUUUGCUCAGCUCAGAUGCUCAGUGAUAUUGCUAUUACAAUAACGAGAUCUCAUUAUUUAAGAUCUGAGAACAGGAGAUGUGAAGAUGGACGAGAUGCUCCUGGCAUUUUCAUACCUACAUUUUGUUACCCUUUAUAGAAAAUCUUCUCCAGCACUAAAAUUAAUCAGAUAAUGACCUUAAGUGCUUCAGAUCAUAACAGGACCUGCAAUUAGAGAAACUGGGGAUGUGUGUGCCAUACUAUGAUAAUGUACAUUUUAGGAUUGUAAGGAGAGGACGUGCUCUCACCAGGACUGUGUUUUUGUUCUUGCACAGGUGGAAAAGAUAAUGACUCCUGAUGGGAACCAGAGUAGUGAUGCAACAGAGUUCAUCCUGGCAGGGUUCCCAAAUCUCAACAGUGCAAGAGUGGUAUUAUUUUCUGUGUUUCUUCUUGUCUAUCUCCUGAUUCUGACAGGCAAUGUGUUGAUUGUAGGGGUGGUAAGAGCUGAUACUCGACUACAGACCCCCAUGUACUUCUUUCUGGGUAACCUGUCCUGCCUAGAGAUUCUGCUGACUUCUGUCAUCAUUCCAAAGAUGCUGAGCAAUUUCCUCUCAAGGCAACACACUAUUUCCUUUGCUGCAUGUAUCACGCAAUUCUAUUUCUACUUCUUUCUCGGGGCCUCUGAGUUCCUACUGUUGGCUGUCAUGUCUGUGGAUCGCUACUUGGCCAUCUGUCAUCCUCUGCGCUAUCCCUUGCUCAUGAGUGGGGCUGUGUGCUUCCGUGCGGCCUUGGCCUGCUGGGUGGGGGGCUUCGUCCCUUUGCUUGGUCCCACAGUGGCCGUGGCCUUGCUUCCUUUCUGUAAGCAGGGUGCUGUGGUGCAGCACUUCUUCUGUGACAGUGGCCCGCUGCUUCGCCUGGCAUGCACCAACACCAAGAAGCUGGAGGAGACUGACUUUGUCCUGGCCUCCCUUGUCAUUGUAUCCUCCCUGCUCAUUACUGCCGUGUCCUAUGGCCGCAUUGUCCUGGCUGUCCUGAGCAUCCCCACUGCUUCAGGCCGUCACAAGGCCUUCUCUACCUGUACCUCCCACUUGAUAGUGGUGACCCUCUUCUAUGGAAGUGCCAUUUUUCUCUAUGUGCGGCCAUCACAGAGUGGCUCAGUGGACACUAACUGGGCAGUGACAGUAGUAACGACAUUUGUGACACCACUGCUGAAUCCAUUCAUCUAUGCCUUACGUAAAGAGCAAGUCAAGGAAGCUUUGAAGGACAUGUUUAGGAAGGUAGUGGCAGACUUUUUAGGGAAUCUUUUACUUGAUAAGUGUCUCAUUGAGAAAACAGUAAGGUGA